AUGCCUGAAAAAAAUUGUGACACAGAUUUUUAUACAUCAUCUGAUGAAAUCUCAUACUCAACUAAUUCUGACUCAUCCUCACCAAUAUCAUUUAAUCAUCCAUCAAAAGAGGACCAAUCAAUCAUCCAAUCACAUGAACAUUUUUUUGAGGGUGCAGAAAAACUUCUGGAAAUAUGGUUUGAUAAAGAUGAACAAAAAUCAACAUCUUUAAGAAAUAUUCCAUAUUCAGAGUUAGUAGAAAUGCUAGAAAUAGCUGAAUGUCAUAUAUUACAUUAUAAAAAAAAUGAAUUACUUGAUUCAUAUGUUCUCUCUGAAUCCUCAAUGUUCAUUUCACGUAAUAGACUUAUUUUAAAAACAUGUGGAACAACUAAACUUCUUCAUGCAAUUCCAAGAAUAUUGGAACUUGCCAAAACAUAUGGUAGAAUGACAAAUGUUGUUAAUGUUUAUUAUUCUAGAAAAAAUUUUUUGAAACCUGAAAUGCAAACAUCAAUUCAUCAAUCUUUUGAUAGUGAAAUUGAAUUUUUGGAAUCAUAUUUUAAUGGAGGGCAAGCUUUUUGUUUGGGAUCUCUUAAACAUGAUCGCUGGUAUUUGUAUCAUUAUUCAAAACCACAUACACAACUUGAAAUUCCAGAUCAUUCAUUGGAAAUUCUUAUGACAGAUUUACCAGCUGAAGUCAUGAAGACUUUUACAAAGGAGGAGUCUGUUGAUGGUAAGGAUGCCACAAUAAAAUCAGGUAUCGAUAAAAUUGUUCCAUUCGGAACAACAAUUCAAGAUGAGUUAUUUGAACCAUGUGGAUAUUCAAUGAACGGCUUAGUUCCUGGAACUGAUGAAUAUGUUACAAUUCAUAUAACUCCUGAAUCAGAUUUUUCAUAUGUUUCCUAUGAAACAAACCAAACAUCUGAUGAUUUAUUUUCACAAACAAUGAAAGUUAUCAAUUGUUUUAAACCAAAGAAUUUUUUAAUUAAUAUUUUUGCUAAUGAGCAUUGUAUUGAGACUAGGAGCACUCAAUUAAAAUUUUGGAAUCAAAUUAUACCUGGUUACAGAAGAGUUAACCUUCAAUAUGUUACCUUAGCUACAGAUACUGUAGCUUAUGCUCAGUUUGUUGAAAUUUAA